CCUUGAAAACCCUUGAAAACCCUUGCAAACCCUUGAAAACCCUUGAAAACCCUUGCAAACCCUUGAAAACCCUUGAAAACCCUUGCAAACCCUUGAAAACCCUUGAAAACCCUUGCAAACCCUUGAAAACCCUUGAAAACUCAGAAAAAAAAGAAAAAGUGCUUACAAAUAUACAUGAAAUUUCUGUGAAUACUUUACCUGCAUAUUGUGAUUUUCCACAGCAAUCAGUGCAGAAAGGUUCUCUUGGUCAAGCAGUUGGCAGCAGUUUUCCACGGUCUUCCGGUAAAGCCCUUUACAGUGAAGUUGUAAAACGCCCUUCCAAGGUAUGUGAAUCAGUCAAGACUGAGGUAAGGACAUGUGAUUUUCAAGUAGACUCAGGCAAGCUCGGUCGACCCCAGAUGAGGUACCCAAUGAAAAGCAAAUCAAAACCCAUGCAAUCUGAACAAAACAUUCCUGCAAUUUGCCAUGAAAGUGCUUUGGGUGUUUGUUCUGAUUUUCCCCAGAAAUCCAUGCUAAGAGGAUCUUUUGAUCAAGCUGAUGCCCGCUUUGGAGAUUCACGCAACAGGCAGUGUGGAGCAAUCAGUCUGACGGCGGUGUUGAAAAGCAAGCUGAAGAAUGUGCUGACGUGGUCAACACCAGAUCUGGACGGUGUCUUGGUUGCAGGAACACGCCUCUAUGAGUAUCUGAGAAAACGGGGUAACAUAAAAGACCGGGAAGCGAAGGGUAGGAAUUAUAUUGCAGUCCAUGAAUUACCAAGGCGACAUGUGUUGGGUAAUACUACAUUUUCCAUCGAGUACACUCCAUCUCUGACUGGUUUUGUUAAUGUCAAUGAGUACCACGAGUAUGACCAAGCCAUAAGCAGUGUAGCCAUGCCACUUGAUGUAGCCCUUCAGCAAACUCUACUUAGUGCUGAUGCUUUCUUGUUAACCAUUUGUGCCAACACAUCUGCAGUUAUUAAGCAGGGGUCAUGGUAUGCAGUCGUUGACUCUCAUGCCAUCAGGACAGACACAAGUUGUGUAGUUUAUCACAGUACCAUAGAGUCUCUGUACAACUAUAUCAAUGACAUGGCACAGUUGUUUGGGGAACCUGAGCCACCAUUUGAGAUAACUGGAGUUUUGGUUCAUGCAGAUGCAGAAGUGUCUGAUCCGCUGCAAGAAGCAGGCAGCAGCAGUUUACCAUGCUCUUCUGGUAAAGCCCUCUACAGUGACGUCUUAAAACGCACACCAAAGAUCAUUGGCACAUGUGAUAUGUGGAAGUGAGGAGAAACACUUGAAGGUUCGCCGUGCAGUUGUGAAACAUCUGAAGAUGAAUACUCCGCUGUUUGAGAGGUACGUGAGAAGUGAGUAUUCUUCAGCAGAGGAUUAUCUGACACGAUCUAGAAUGUUUUAUUCUGGCUCAUGGGUAACCGAAAUUGACAUAUUUGUUGCGGCCGAUCUUUUCAAAACCACCAUAAUGACUUUUAAUGACAGCCGAUGGAAUGCACACAAACCUACCGGAGAGGUAUCCACUCAGAAUGCAAUUUAUCUGAAACACUGUAACCGUAAUCAUUAUGAAGUUGUGACAUGUGUUAAGCACAGGGAUCGAGAGCGUGUUUGUGCAGGAGCAUGUGGAAAUGUGGUGUCAAAUGAGGUCAGCAAACCAUGUCUGCGCAAAAGAAAGGUAAGCGAUGCUGCAGAAUGUUGUCCAAACAAAAGACAUCGGGAGAGAUAUCGCAACGACAGUGAGUACAGACAAAAAAAGCUGAAGCACGAGAGGUCAAAAUAUGGUAACGACCCCGAUUACAGACAGAACAAAAUUGAGUAUGACAAAACUAAAUAUAGUAGAGAUAAAUAUUACAGGGAUAAAAAAAAAGAAAUGCUUCGUGAUAAAUAUCUAAAAAAUUUUGAUAAUCAUUUAUCAAAGUGUGAACGUUCUAAGGCCAAGUACUCAAGCAAUAUUAAUUUCCAAAAACGUGUUUGCCAGUAUUCUCGAUUGAAAUAUAAAUAUAAUGUCUCUUUUCAGGCAAAUGUAUGCGAAUAUUCAAAGAAAAAAUAUCUGCAAAACCUGGCCUUCAAAGCAAGAGUGUGUGAGUAUUCAAAGAAAAAAUAUCUGCAAAACCUUGCCUUCAAAGCAAGAGUGUGUGAGUAUUCAAAGAAGAAAUAUCUGCAAAACCUUGCCUUCAAAGCAAGAGUGUGUGAGUAUUCAAAGAAGAAAUAUCUGCAAAACCUGGCCUUCAAAGCAAGAGUGUGUGAGUAUUCAAAGAAGAAAUAUCUGCAAAACCUGGCCUUCAAAGCACGAGUGUGUGAGUAUUCAAAGAAAAAAUAUCUGCGAAACCUGGCCUUCAAAGCACGAGUGUGUGAGUAUUCUAAGAAUAGAAACAUUCAGAAUACAGCCUUUAAAAUUAAAAUGGUUAAGUAUUCUAUGAUGAAAUACCAUAAAGAUGGGAAGUUUCGUAUGAGUAAAAUUCAAAAAGGUUGUGAAGCAUAUGUAAGAAAGAAAGAACAACAAGACAUUGAUGUUGCGAUUGAUCAUUUUAGACAACAAAUUAGUAGUGGUCCAGAGUUUGUGUGCUGUGUGUGUCACCGUUUACUUUUCAGAAAGCAGGUUGUUGAAUGUAGAAGACAAUGCUAUGAAGACAAAGGUGUAAAAAUCGCUGCUUUGGGAAGAAGAUGCAUCACAACCAGGUAUGUUCAUGUCUGUGAUCAAAAGUGUGAAGGAUCUUCUGCUCAUUCCUCAGGAUGCAAAUUAUGGAUUUGUCUAACAUGUCAUCGAAAAAUCCUUUGUGGACAACUGCCCGAAGAGAGCGUUGCAAACAACAUGCAUUUGGUGGAUGUUCCAAAUCAACUGAAAUGCCUCAACUCUUUGGAACAACAUCUCAUUGCACGUAACAUUCCUUUUAUGAAAUUACUGUGCCUUCCUCGUGGUAAACAACAUGGAUGCCAUGGCCCUGUAGUGUGCGUCCCAGUUAAUGCCACAGAGGUGUCCAAUAUCCUUCCACGAAAUGAAUGUGAUGACAAGAUGAUAAGGAUCAAACUGAAACGCAAGUUGACCUACAAAGGGCAUUAUGAGUACAAGUAUGUACACACUGAUCGUGUUAGAAAUGCUCUGAAAUAUUUAAUCCGGUUCAAUAAGUGGUUCAGUGAUGUGGAGAUUAAUCGGCAGUGGAUCAACUCUUUGAACGAACCUGAAGAAAAUGUUGUAGAUGAAAUGGAGCAACAAGACGUAGUUGAAAAGAUUGACGAAAAUGACCUUGAUGAACAGCAAGAGGAAGACCUUACCUACAUCAAAGAGCAAAGUGGUCUUUUGUCAGAUACAUCAUUGCAACCUGUGGACAUCGGUUCAGAAGUAAUUGAUCAGCAUUUCCAGGAUGUAUUAAAUCUGGCACCUGCUGAAGGUAACAGUCCUGUUAGUUUGUUAUCCGAUAGGUCUAACGAAGCAAAAUGUUUCCCUGUUCUGUAUCCAACCGGUGGUCCGACAUUUCAUGAUAAGAGGGAGGUAAAAAUAACAUUGUCGAGAUACUUGAAUGCAAGAAUCCUCAAUGCAGAUGGACGUUUUGCACGAAGCACAGACUUCAUUUUCUAUGCACAGUAUCUGUCGGAGAUUGAUCAAGUUGUAUCCAAUGUUUCAAUUGCUUUGCGCAAAGGAUCUGAGAGGAGUUUGUUGACUGAAGUGACAUCAGAUGUGCUAACAAACCCAGACUCGUUAUCUAAAAUCUUGAAUUUUGAUGAAGGAUACAAGUUUUUGAGACCAAUCCGUGGAACACCUCCAUAUUGGCAGUCUACUCAAAAGGACCUUUUUGCACUUGUAAGACAGCUAGGUAUUCCAACUUUCUUUGCAUCCUUUAGUUCUGCGGAUCUCAGAUGGCCAGAAAUUAUUAGUACCAUAAUCAAACAAGAACGGAAAAAUCUGAAAGCAGAUGAACUUGACUGGUCUGAAAAAUGUGGUUUGAUUAGACGAAACCCAGUGACUGCUGCAAGAAUGUUUGAUCAUAGAUGGCAUUGUUUUCUGAGAGAUGUAAUCAUGUCUUCAGCUCAACCGAUUGGGAAGAUAGUAGAUUACUUUUAUCGUGUAGAGUUUCAACAGCGUGGAUCUCCUCAUGUUCACUGUCUGUUUUGGGUUGAAAAUGCCCCAACGUUAAAUGAAGACAAUGAAGAAAACGAUGGUUUGGUUGCUAGUUUCAUUGAUCGGUACAUCACUUGUGAGACCCCAAGCGAGGAUGAAACUGAACUGUUUGAGAUUGUCAAUGGUGUUCAGAAGCACAGUGUCAGACAUUCAAAGACAUGUCGUAAGAAAAAGACAGUUUGCAGAUUUAAUUUUCCAAGACCCCCAUCAAGCCGUACCUUUAUUACAAGAGGUGGUAGUCGAGACGAUUUGAAAAGUGGUGAUGGAAAAGAUACUGCACGUACAGUUUUAGAAAAAGUGAAAAAGGCUUUAACAGCUUCUGAUAUGGAUUAUGACUCAACUGAUGCAUUUUUUGAAUCCAUUGGUAUUAACCAAGCUCUCUUUGAGAAAGUUUAUGCACAGUGUUCCAAAAAGAAAUCCGUUGUCCUGAAAAGAAGUCCGAAAGACGUCUGGGUGAACCAGUAUAAUCAACAUUUACUGCGUGCCUGGCAAGGCAACAUGGAUAUCCAGUACGUCACUGAUGCUUACUCUGUAGUGGUUUACAUUAUCAGUUACAUCACAAAAGCAGAACAAGAAAUGGGAUUGUUGCUGCAACGUGCGCAAAACGAAGCCAUGAAUGGAAACCUUGAAGCGAGAUCAUCACUGAAGAUGCUUGGUAGUGUAUAUCUUCACAACAGAGAAGUUUCUGCUCAAGAGGCUGUGUAUCGUCUGACUGGUAUGCACUUGAAGGAAUGUUCUCGUAAGGUCCAGUUUAUUCCGAUUGGAUUGAAUCCUGUAAAGAUGAGUUUGCCUCUUCGUGUCAUCAAAAACAAAGUUGAUCAGUCUGGUGAAGAAGCUAGCUUUUGGAUGACUAGUCUGGUUGACCGAUACAAGAAUAGGCCAAACACGGAAGAGUUUGAGAUCCAAUGUCUUGCAAGUUUUUGCUCUGAAAACAGGAUCUUGUCGAAAUCGGAGGUUUCCUCACAAAAAAAGUCUUCUGAAGACAAGGUGAUCAAGCUUAACAACGACUGUGGUUAUAUGAUGAAGAGAACUCGAACUGACCCUGCUGUUGUUCGAUAUCCGAGAUUUUCUCCCAAAAAAGAUCCAGAAAAGUACUUUCAUUCAUUGUUGCAACUUUUCUUGCCACAUUAUGAAGAUUGUCAGCUCAAGCCUGAGCGUUUUAGCACUUAUGAGGAAUUCUACAACAGUGGUGCUGUGAAAUGUGGGAGAAAUGUGACGCAAGUCAAAUGUAUUGUUGAUGCUAAUCGAGCACUCUUUGAAAAGGAAAGUGACAAAAUUGAUCGAGCUCAACAGCUUUUGGAGCAAGGUGUUGAUUUGGAAGAUGCUUGGGCUGCGUUAUGUCCUGAAACUGAAAAGGAACGUCACGAAUGCUUAGAACUAAGGAAGAGUAAUACAAUUCCUGAUGAAGAUGAUUCUGAGUGUUCUAUUCCAGAUCUUGUAACGAACCCUCGAACUCCAUACAGUAUUGAAACCAAUCAGGCUGGAAUGUCUAGAGAAGAAGCAUUAUGUUUACUGCGAUCAUUAAAUGCACAACAAUGUGCAAUCUUUUACAAAGUACGGAAAUGGUGUUUAGAGAAACUUCUUGGUGAAAACCCUGAACCAUUUCACUUGUUUGUCACUGGUGGAGCAGGCACAGGCAAGAGUCAUUUAAUCAAAGCGAUCUACUAUGAAUCCUCCAGACUUUUAUCUGAGCUGUCCGAAAACCCUGAUGAUAGAAGUGUGAUUUUAACUGCGUCAACCGGAGUGGCCAGUUUUCAAAUUGGUGCUUCUACAAUCCAUAAUACCUUUUCCAUAGGUGCCAAUGUCAAACUGCCAUAUCAGCCCCUAAGUGAUGACAAAAUCAAUUCACUGCGUGCAAAACUUGGAGGUUUGCAGAUUCUGAUCAUUGAUGAGGUGUCUAUGGUUGACCAUCACCUUUUGUCUUAUGUUCAUGGUAGAUUGAGACAAAUUAAGCAAACUGGUGACUACUCAAUUUUUGGAAGAGUCAGUUUGGUCUGUGUUGGUGAUUUUUAUCAGCUACCGCCAGUCAAGGGAAUUCCCCUGUACGUUGAUCCAAAAGGAGUGAAUCUUUGGGAUACCAACUUUGAAAUUGCUGAACUAACACAAGUUGUCAGGCAACAAGAUGCAUCUUUUGCUGAAAUGUUAAAUCGUCUGAGAGUUCAUAAAAAGAACGAAACUCUAAGCCCAAAUGACAUCAACAUGUUGAAGCAACGUGAAACUGGUGAAGAAUGCGAUGCUAUUCAUAUAUUCCCUACAAAUGCUCAGGUUGAUGAGUACAAUAUACAGAAACUUAAUGAGCGUUGCCCUGAGGCAAUCACUAUUCACGCUAGAGACUUUGCUAGAAAUCCAGAAACUGGAAGAAUGGAAAGGAAAGUUGGAUUUCAUGCAAAAGUUUUCAACUCUUGUUUGGACAAAUGUGUUUCCUUGGGUGUUGGUGCCAGAGUAAUGCUUAGGAAAAAUGUUGAUGUUUCUGAUGGACUUGUCAAUGGAGCCUGUGGCACAGUUGUCCACAUAAGCAGAAAACAAAGACGUGAUGAUGAUGAAGAUGAUGACUUCCCAUCAGCUAUUCAUGUUGAAUUUGAUGAUCCAAAUGUUGGUAAAGUUCAGAGAUCGAAGCUGCGACAGAAAUAUUCUCCAAAUUCGACUGUUAUUGAAGUGGAAGAAGAUCAAGUCUCAAAUGAUGGUGGUUUAAGACGUCAGUUUCCACUUAAAUUGGCAUGGGCAUGCACCGUUCAUAAAGUGCAAGGACUCACAGUAGAUAAAGCGGUUGUCUCACUUGACAAGGUAUUUUCUCCGGGACAAGCAUACGUUGCACUGAGUCGUGUGAGAACCCUCGAUGGACUAACAAUUAAUAACUUCAAAGACUCUGUCAUAUAUUGUAAUGAGAAAAUUGACUCCGCUAUGAAAAACAUGCCCCGACUUACUUUAGAAAAUUACAGUUCUGUAAAGACACCUGGCGUGUUUACAAUUGCUCUUCAUAAUGUACAAAGUCUUCGAGCUCAUGUUCAAGAUCUUCAAGUUCACAGACAGAUAAUGAAUGCAGAUUGCAUCGGUUUAACUGAAACGUGGCUAAAAGUUGAAGACCAAGUACAGAUUCCAGGAUUUGUUUUUAAGAGCAAUCCAAGAGCUAAAUGUUAUGACAACAGUACUCCACUUUUCACUGAUUUAAAACAACAAAGAGGAGGUGGAGUUGGACUAUUCUGUUGUGAAAGCAUUCAUGUUAAUGUCAGGGUUCCGGAACCUUGUAACUUGGAAUGUCUAUACUUUGCAGUUCCACAUCUAAGUUUGAAUGCUGCUUUGCUGUACAGACCUAAUUCAUAUCCACUUAAUCUGUUUCGACAAAAUAUGUUGCAUGUUAUUGAUGAGCUGGAGAAACAGUCAGGAAAGAAAGUGAUUAUGGGAGACUUCAAUGAGGACAUCUUGACAUCAUCUACAAUUGGUACACUAAUGGAACUACAUGGAUACAGUCAACAUGUGCAACACCCUACCACUGAAAAAGGUACACUGAUAGACCAUGUCUAUGUUAAAGAUGCAGAAAAUGUCUCUGUUGAAAUUGUGCAAACGUAUUACAGUUACCACCAAGCAGUCCUUAUUUCACUGAGGUAAAAAUUAAUGUGUGUGAUUAUGUAAUGAAAUCUGUAUAACCUGCAUUAUUUGUUUCUUGUCUGUGCUCUUACUUGUUCAAUGUUCG